AUGCCCAUUCUAUCAUCUUCAGCUGCCUCUUCACCGGCACUGCACCCUACAACAACCUCACCUCCAGACGACGACGGCGAACUCAGUACUCUACCCGAUCCGCGUAGCCGAGCUAUGAGCCCUGCGAGCGAGGCCGAGACCGCCCGUCAUCCCGAUCUAAACGACGAAGUUGCCACUCUAAGCGCCAAGUUGAUUAACGCCAUUAACCACCAAACAACACUUGAUGACACACUAUCUGCCACACGGCAGGAGCUGGAAAGAGCGCGCGAAAAAAUCAAACAUUUGGAGGAGCAGAAUGAAUCUCAAAGGGAAAUGCUGGCUGGCGAUAUUUGGAUUCGCCGGAAGACUGCAGAGGAUGAGAAGAAGACAAUCAUGCUCCGUGUUACGCAGGAGAAGAAGCUACGAGAGGACGCCGAAAAGGAGACGAAGAGAAUAGAACAAGAGUUGGAGAACUUAACAACGGCCUUGUUUGAGGAGGCUAACAACAUGGUGAUUUCGGCCAAAGAAGAGGCACGACUAGAGCAGGAAGCCCUUCAAAAGAAAAAUGACCACCUGAGGUCUCAACUAGGCGAUAUGGAGGCCUUGUUGACCUCCCAGCAACAGCAACUUGCCGAUCUCAAGCACGUCAUGGAGCAAAUGACUACGGAGAAGGAAGAUGCCACAACAGGCACUGCUCCCUCCUCGCCCGGCUUCAGCAAGCUUGACACCAAGGACGACGAACGCUCGGAAGGCCUUGCCGCCUCACAUCUCGUCGAUCCGACCUCGCCAACAUACCCUACUAGCUUGACACAUCUCAUCCAGCCAGUUCUUAGGACCGACUUGGGCGCAUAUGAGGACUUCGUCAAUCUCACACGUUUGUCCCGUAAUCGCGCAGGAAGCCGUGUGUCAUCCGGCUCUUUCAAUGGCCUUCAAGGAUUAGGUCUUGGCAUGGGGGGUAGCACCUCGAGCGCUCAUCCCUCCAACGCCUCGACUGCUUCUCUCUCCACAACCGGAACCCCUGCGACGUCAUCACCACAGACACCAAACACACCAGCCUCCGUCUCGAGCACAACUUCAUCCAACCUGGGCCCACCACCGCCGGCUCUCAAGGAAACAAAGUUCUUCAAACGUGUCUUGGUUGAGGAUGUAGAGCCGACGCUCCGACUGGACAUUGCCCCGGGACUUUCUUGGCUUGCCCGCCGUAGCGUUUUGAAUGCCAUGAGUGACGGCUCGAUCGUGGUGGAGCCAAUUCUUGCCAGUACGCCAUUUGCGUCACUCGUCAAACCGCAGUUCUACCCCUGCUCCCUGUGUGGUGAUGCACGCAAGGAUGAGGAGCACCUGCGAACCUACCGCUUCCGAACCAGCGAGUCUGAAACAGCACAGCGAUAUCCCCUCUGCAAGUACUGCUUGGGCCGUGUGAGGUCCACCUGCGAUUUCCUCAAUUUCUUACGCAUCCUGAAAGAUGGCCACUGGCGAGCGGAGGGCGAGGAUGCGGAGAAGGCAGCCUGGGAGGAAAGCGUUCGCCUGCGCGAACAAAUGUUCUGGUCUCGCAUAGGCGGUGGUGUCGUCCCAGCUAGUCAUCCUGCCGCUCCCUCGGAUAAGAGUUCCAGAAUCAGCCAAGAGAGCGAUUCUAGAGAUGUCGAACCGGAGGCAAUAGUGAUGGUGGCGGAAGACCCUGACGACGAUGCCACUCCCUUUGCCACUCCUUUAGAGGAGACUGCGACUCCGAUGGAUAAGGGAGUCUCGCUGGCACGGCCAGAGACGCCCUGCCCGAGUAACCGUACCUCGACACAAUCCUUUUCACCCAAGCAAGAUGACAUCUCAGAGAAGAAUGGAGAAAAACGUCUCUCCAUCAACAUUCCUAGCCCCGAGGCACAACAGCCUGUGACAACAGCUUCAGACGAAGCGUAG